AUGCGCGACAUCGUGUCCACCCACUGCAAGAAGGUGCUGGCCGGCGUCACCGCCCACAAGUGGUGCUGGCCCUUCCUCGCGCCCGUCGACGUGGCCGUGUACCGCGACUACCGGGAUCGCAUCGCGCGGCCCAUGGACUUUGGCGCGGUGCGCGCCAGCCUGGAGGGCGGCGCCUACGCGCACCCCGACGCCUUUGUGGCGGACGUGCGCCUGGUGUUCAACAACGCGCGGGCCUACAAUCCGCCGGGGUCGGACGUCCACGUCAUGGCCGAUACUCUGCUGGAGCGGUUUGACGAAAAGUACGUGGCGUACGUGGUCCCGCGCAUUGCGGACGCGGAGGCCGCGUCGCGACGCGAGGAGGAGGCCGCGCGGCGUGAGCUGCUGGGCCCGGCCCCCGCCGCCCUUGGCGGCGGGGCCGGCCCGGCGGCCGAGGCGGCGCUGCUGCGGCGGCUGGACGCGGCAGCGGCCGCGAUCGCCGACGCCAAGAGCGCGGCGGCGGCGGCCUGCCCCACCAUGCCCCGCGCGGAGAAGGAGGCGCUGUGCGACGCGCUGGGCACGCUGUCCCAGCCCGGAUUCGAGGCCGCGCUGGGACUGGUGCUGCACCGCUGCCCGGGCCUGCAGCCCGCCGACGGCAUCGGUUUUGACCUGGCGGCGCUGGACGCGCUGACGCUGCGCCAGCUGGCCAGCUUCGUGCGCGCGGCGGGACGGGGGGCGGGCGAGGGCGCGACCCCGGUGUGGCCCGACGUCGGCAUCGGGGCGGGGGUGCCGCCCAGGAAGGCGCGGCACGGCGGCGCGGGCGCCGGGGCUGCCCUGCCAGGGACGCCGGGCGGCGAGGCUGCCGCCCCAGCAGCGACCGGCGCCGGAGCCGCCGCGCCGGCUGAUGCGGCGGCACGGGAUGGCCAGGCCCCUGCCACAUCGUGUGAGCCGGCGACGACUGGCGUUUCUACUGAUGUGGCGGGGGGGGGCCCCCGCACCCUCUGA